UCCAACUUCCAAGUUAAAUAUGUCGUUUCAUUGUUAUUUAACUUUAUUCGUUAAACAACGAUGACUUUUGCAUGAGUGUCUAGCAUAUAUACUGUUUUAAUUUCGUAUUAUUUCGCCAUUCUUAAAUAAACUUUCAAAAGGUUCAGACGCAUUAAGUUUAACAUCGUUUUAAUCACUUAAACAAUGGAGUUUCCUCAUAUUGGAAAGAAUUGUUCAUAUAAAUCUUGUAACAAAUUAGACUUUCUGCCAAUGAAAUGUGAUGCUUGCAAGGAUGUAUAUUGCUCUGACCACUUCACAUACAUUAAACAUGAGUGUCCAGCACCUAAUGGAAGAGAUGUGCAAGUCCCACAGUGUCCACUCUGUGGUGCACCGGUGCCUGGGAAGAGAGGAGAACCUCCUGAUGUUGCAGUGGGUGCACACAUAGACAAUCAAUGUACAUCAGAUCCUGCAAGGGAAAGAAGAAAUAAGGUAUUUACAAAUAGAUGCUCCUACAAAGGAUGCAAAACGAAAGAGAUGGUGCCCUUAGUUUGUAGUGAAUGUGCACUUAAUUAUUGUCUUCGUCACCGACAUGCCGCUGAUCACUCCUGCGAAGGGAAAUUAGCAGCUAAGAGAAGACAAGCCGCUAAUGCAGCGAUGGCUCGAUUAAAAGCAAAAGAAAUUAAUUUAACAAAUGGAACAGCUGUCUCCACUCCUGUAACUGCAUUCUCAGAAGUACAAGGAAAUAUGUCGGAGGACGAGGCGCUGGCUCGUGCGCUGGCGCUGUCGAUGCAGGAGCAGAACUCCGCCGUGCGCGACAACAACUUCGCGCGCGCACUCGCCCGACAGCGCGUCGGCGGGGAGCAGAACUCACGCUGCUCCGUGUCCUAGCGUGUUGGGGGGGAGGCAGAACUCGUGCUGCUUCGCAUCCUAGUGUGUGUGGGGGGGGAGCAGAACUCGUGCU